AUGCCACCUACUCGAGAUGAGCUCGAUGGGGAGGACGAGACGCUAGGGCUGCGAUCCGGUCAGCCGACCGAUCAGCGCGGGCCGCUGUGCUCGUACGUGGCGGCGACGGCGCUGCUGCUGCUGGGGUGCGGGGUUGGGCUCGGCAUCAGCGCGCUGCUCUCGCUGCUCUUCCCCGCCACCUCCCUCCGCUUCAUCUCCACCAACGCGCCCCCUGACGCGCUCGCGGAAGCUCAGUCGCAACUGUCGUUCCUGGUGGUGGGCGACUGGGGUCGCAACGGCGACUACAACCAGUCCAUCGUCGCGGAAUCGAUGGGUGAGGUGGCGGCUGCCAUUGACAGCAGCUUCGUGGUGUCCACGGGGGACAACUUUUACGAUGAUGGGCUGCAGGACGUCAACGACCCCACUUUCGCCUCCUCCUUCUCCGAGAUCUACCAGGCGCCCAGCCUGCAGACGCAGUGGUACGCAGUGCUGGGCAACCACGACUACCACCGCAAUCCCGACGCGGAGACGGACCCGGCGCUGAGGCAGAGGGACCCGCGGUGGCGCUGCGAGAAGACCUACACUGUUGUGCGCGACACCUGCCCCAAGUUCCGCUACUCCGUGUGCAACCCUCUGCUGCAGCUAUUCUUUAUCGACACAUCCCCACUGGUGGCGGGCUACUGGCACGGCAAGCCACACGAGUUUGAGAAGCUCAACUUCACGGGCCUCCCAGACUCCUCCCUCACGCUGCACUACCAGCUCACGAUGCUGCGUGCAGCGCUUGCAUCAUCAACUGCCACGUGGAAGGUGGUGGUUGGCCAUCAUCCCAUCCACAGCACUGGCAGCCAUGGCAACACGCCUGAGCUGAUCAAGUUCCUCUACCCGCUGCUCAAGCGCUACAAUGUGGACUUCUACAUGAAUGGCCAUGACCACAAUCUAGAGCUAUACAAGGAUGCCAACAGUGGUAUGUUCUUUGUCACAAGCGGGGGUGGCUCCAAGGUGGAUCGGAAUCGCACGGUAACCGGUGACAACAAUUCCAUGUUUUAUCAUUCUCGUCAAGGCUUUGUUUCUGCAAGCGUAACGCAGCAAUCCUUCACUAUCAAAUUCCAUGACAUGUUUGGUGCUGGCCUCUAUACAUUGACCACCUCUAAGGACCCUCAGUGA